GGACAUAGCUGGGGGAAGGGAGUAAAGAUGAGCCAGGGUUGCUACUAAAGGUCUUUUUGUCAUCAAGCUGAACUUGUGAUGUAAGGUAUCUAUCCCAUGUCUUCUAGUUGUUAUAAUUUGCAUAAUUUUUGAUCUUUUAAGAGAGAUGUUAACGAUGGAGAAGUAAAAACUUUACAACUGCAAGACAAAUGAUCCUUGAAAACAAUUCUGUGAAGUCUUCUUUAAUACUCAGUGAUUUAGUCACCUCAAGUCAACGAGUGUGUACCAGCUAGCCACGAUGAAUACCUCAGAUGCCAACAACACUCCACAAUGUUACUCCCUCAAAAGCCCUCCGUUCAAUUACACACGUCCCAUCAGCUCAGCAUACUUCUCAACCAUCUUCAGCACUUUGGGAAUCACCUCAAAUCUCAUUGCCUUCAUUGUUCUUGUCAAAUCUUUCCGACGAAUGCGGAAUCGGUCACGGUCUUUCUUCUUAAUCUUCCUGGCCGGUCUUGUAGUUACUGACUUUAUGGGUCUUUUGGUCACAGGUUCCAUUGUGGUCUCCUUCCAUUUUACACGUUUUAAUUGGCGCCAAGUAGAUCCUAACUGCCACUUCUGCAACUUCAUGGGUAUGUCUAUGGUCUUCUAUGGACUGUGCCCACUGCUGCUUAGUGCCACAAUGGCCAUGGAGCGCUUCUGUGGCAUUAACCGUCCAUUUGCACGCUCCACCAACAUGAGCAAGAGCCGGACAGUCUACAUGGUGCUGAUGGUAUGGUUGGCUGCUGGCUGUAUUGCUUUGCUGCCCUUAAUAGGCAUCGGGAGCUACCACAUACAGGCUCCUGGUUCUUGGUGUUUUUUCAACAUCAGUUCGAAAGGAAGUGAUAUGGUCUUCUCCCUGCUCUUCUCCUUCGUGGGGUUGACUUCAAUCGUUGUGUCAUUUUUACUGAACACAGUGAGUGUGGUGACGCUUAUCAAGGUGUGCUGCGGACAGGACAGGACACAGCGGAGCCGAGACCAUGAAGUCGAGAUGAUGGUGCAACUUAUCUUGAUCAUGAUUAUUGCCUCUAUCAGCUGGUGCCCCCUCCUGGUCUUUAUUGCUCAAACAGUGUUCUCCAGCGAUCCUCUCUGGGUCAGGAAACUGCUGCUGUACCUCCGCUUUGCCACUUGCAACCAGAUCCUCGACCCAUGGGUUUAUAUCCUGUUCCGGAGGGCAGUCUUUAAGAGAGUCUACCCCCGCUUUGACUGGUCCCGGAGCUCAAUCAUGACUUUGUACCCAUAUUUUCAAGAGACUGCACGCAGAUUCACACGAUCUUCAUUAGGGGGCAACCUGGGCUCAGAUGAAACAGGAGAAACAACAAAGUCAAAUGUCACUUCUCCGUCUACCUUAAAGUCACCUGACUAAGGCUCAUGGUACAGUGUGUGUUUGUUUCUCUGAUCAGAAAUGAGUGAUCACAGGGAUCAGACAUAUACUCUCAGCUCCAUACAUCACACUGAAGUUAACUAUAUGCACUGCUACCUAGAUACUCCUGCAUUAAGUUAACCGUAUUUAAUGUACCAUUAAAUAGGAUAAAUUAUCUUGUUUUCUCUUUGUUUGAUGCAUGCUUAGACCUGAUGUUGUGCUAACCAUUUUAGGAGGAAACCCACAGGCAGCCUAGUCCCAUGAACCUGAAAUAUAGAAACUGUAAUAUUGUAGAAGUGCCUAUUGUUAACAAGAAAUAUCAUAUUAUACUAUAUUCACAUACAUUUGCUAAUAGUUACUCUGACUGAACAUGUCACAAACUCUGAAAACCUAUAAAAGAUUGAAAAAUG